CUACUAUGUCAAGCUUCCGGGUGACACGAAACUUUCCAAUAUUUACUUGAAGUUACAGCAAAAUGACGAAUGCUUAUUCAUUUGAGGGAAUCAUCAUCUUUGGGCUACUGGUAGUUUGUACCUGUGCCUAUAUGAGAAGAGUGCCAAGACUUAAACAAUGGUUUCUCUCCGAAAAGAAAGGCCUGAUGGGAGUUUUAUACAAAGCUUCUGUGAUAGGAACCCGACUCCAUAUUCCUGUGGCUAUCAUAUGUACUUUGAUGGCAGUGUAUGUUCUCAUACUGAGGUGAUAUACAACUGGAAAGAAUUAAUUUAUUGAUAUUUGUACAUAUGAUAACAGUAUUGUACAUAUUAUAACAGUAACAUAUUAACGACAAAAGUGCUUGACGUGAGUGUUGACGUGAGUCUUGGUCCAGGCUCCAGUCAGAAAGGAUAUCCUAUUGCAUCUUGGUCGUGAUAAAGGGAGAUAUCCAGGAUGAUCUACCCUUAGACUGUGCACAAAUACAUUUGUGAAACAUUUAGGAAAUUAUAUAUUUAGUAGUGCAGUACUAUCAGUAAUCUCAUUCAAUGUAAUGAUUUACACUUAAGUUAGCAAAACUGAAUAUGCAUUUCUGAAUUUACUCUAAUUUGUUGUUGUUUUAUGUCGGGGUCAAGGUGCUUAAAUGGAUUGCUCUGUUCCUGAAAAAAAAAAAAAAUCAGAAUCAAGUAAAGCUGCAAGAUAUAAGCCUUAAUUACGUCAGGUUUUAUUUUUUAAUGAGGAUGAGGGGGAAGGGACAAUCACUAAAGCACACACGAUCUGGGCUUAUACAUGUUAAAGUUUGAAUUAUGAAGUAAAUAUAGAUACAAGUUUCAAAUUUUUUGUCUUGAAAUUAUUGAACUCAAAAGAUUGAAAAAUGUAACAAGAUGAGAUAAAAUAUAUCCUAAAAAUAUUGCAUUACUCUUCUUGUUGCUUACAAGUAUUGUGCACAAGGUAUAUUAUGUCUAUUUUUGUGAGGGUUUAUUAUACCAGGAAUGUAAAGUGUUCCAAACAUUUACUCAUUGCGUCUUAUAUAUAAAAAGAAAAAUGUAUUUUACUUUCAUUAUCUUUACACCAUGAAGUUUUUUUGUAUUCAUGUGGUCACAAAUUCUUUGAUUAUAACUUUUCACAUGUUUUUGGGAUCAGAAUGAAUUAUAGGUGUCUCCUUUUGAGGUUUAUGUUUAUCACAUAUAUAUCGGAGAUUUAUGUCAGAUUUAUCUCCCUUGAACAUGAUUCAGAAGUAGAAGUACAUGAUAGUUGCACAUUUUGUUUACCUGUAAAUUGUUAAUGUGUCCUCAGUUUAUUAAGUUACGAAAGAGAUUUUACAGAUUUUAAUGGUUACAUGGAACUAACAUGAAAAUGAGAAUGAUGUAUACAUUUGUGAGAAUGUUUGUACAAAAGUGUUUUUUUGUGCUGGCUUCAUUACUAUAUGUGAAGUAAUAUAAGGGAAUAAUUAUUAGUUGACACAAAAUGGCUAAAACUAAAUGCCUGUUAUGACAUCAUUGACUUCUUUUUCUUAUCAGGUUGAACUUCAGUUUUGAUAAAUAAGGAGGGUUUAAUUACCAUUACAUGUUAUGAAUACAAUGCUGUUUAUAUGAGAAUGAUGUAUAUAUUAUAUAUUCUGCUCAUCUGUGUGUGUGUGUGUGUGUUUGCAAGGUGUGUAUUUGUGGAAUGUUUAUAUAGAGUAUUGCUUGACAACUUGUAUUGGAAAAAAUGUAUUAGUGUCUGUACAGUCAUAUAUCACUAUGGGAUAUCCUCUCCAAUAUAAAACAGUUUUACUUUAUAUUGUACCUUAAUGCCCACAUUAAUUGAUGUGGAUUAGUUGGGUGCAGGAACAAAUGUUUGAGCACAGGCAAAAUGUGCGAGUGUGUGUGGAAGUUAACGACAAAAAACAAAUAACUAUGUAAUAGGUUAAGACCAAUUGUGUGUUUGAAUGAGGAGGGGAACAAUGAAUCCUUUCAGAAGUGAAAAACAACAGGUUCUACUUUUCAAGGAACUCCGAUCAGUAGCAUACAUUUUGUAUGCUUUGAUUUGGAUCACACUGCUCUGUUUCAUUGAUUAUGCUGCUUUGAGAAAUAAUGUUUCUAUGUGCUCUUUAAGAGUGUGCAGAGUAGUCUUUGUGUGGAUAUGGAAAUCUGUGAUAGCCUCCAGCUCAUUGAUUACGAAAUCAAAUUAAUAAAAAAAACUUCUGCAAAACAAUUAUUCUGAGUGAAAUUUGUACAUGACGUUGCAAGUGCAUUAUGAAUGAUGAUUUUUUUAAAGAUAAACAAGGGACCUCAAGCAAUACAGAUCCCCUCCUGUUGAAACAGUCUGUAGCCUUCUGAUGCAUCUUACCAACAGUACCUAUAUAUACUGAGGCAGGUACAUGUCACUAGCAACUUCAUUCUCUGAUAAUGAAUUUCAUGGUAUCAGUGUAUUUCUAAAUUAAAAUGAUGGUGACCUUGAAACCUGACACAUGGACUCCUGUAUAAGGUUUAAUUUUAACAAAAUAAUUUUCAAAAUUCAGUCAACAGUGUAGUGUGAUGACAAAAAGGUUCACCUACCACAGAUCAUAUCUUUCACUAAUGACGUUGGUGACAUUAACCAACCAGCCGAUUUGCAACAGCCAAUCGUACAUAUACCAAAUUUGAAUAAGAUAGGAUAAAUGGUCUUUACACUACUGUGUCUACAACUUACAGACAAACGAACAGAGUUCAACAUGUUUAUUAUAUGUCCUCUUGACACUCUUUUGCUAGGCAAUAAAAUAAAGAGAGCAUCACGCAUAACCUGAAGUUAAUCAUGCUUCUUGGGGUACACAAAAGUGGAAGUUCUUGUCUGUUUAAAUGUUUGUGUUGUAACUCUUUUGAGUGAUCUAGUGUGGACAUUUUUGCAAUGGUUCUGAAAUGAUCUAUAUUUAUUCUACAUACCUAUAGGUAUAAUCUAUAAAUAAAUGUGUUGAUAUAUAUAUAUAUAUAUAUAUACAACUGCAUGGUCUUGAAUGCAACCACCUGCUUAAGAGGACAUUAAUUUUAUCACAAGUGUCGGCCAUCAAUUGUACUCACUAAUUUUAUCACAAGUGUCGGCCAUCAAUUGUACUCGCUUAUUUUAUCACAAGUGUCGGCCAUCAAUUGUACUCACAAAUCUCAAGUAUUCUCUAAAGCUAUGAAUUCAUGAGUAAACAUGCAAGUGAAGAAGACAUUUGAUAAGACUGUUCAUAUAUCUGCGAAGAGAUAGUUACGAUGUACUUCAUUCUUAGACUGUUCUUUGUUCAUGAGUGUCACUUGAAUGAAGGUUGUGGUUUCGCUGUACAUGUAUAGUGACCUAUCGGAGCAAAAGAGUAUGCAUGAAAAAUCAAUUAAGGAAGUGAUUGGUUACCUUUUGAAUAGAUGGAAAAUAUCAGAUAUGAAAUGAGAAAUAAAAGUGUUUUAUAACAAUGA